GAGCAGGAGAGCAGCGCAGCAGAAGCUCCGGUCAGGUGCAGUGCAGUGCAGUGUGGACCAACCCGCUCACUUAUAUAUAUCCCUCAGCACAGAUAGAGCAAGAUGGAACGCAUCCUCCGCUACGCCCUCCACCGCGCCACCCCAGGCCAUGUCUUCCGCCUCACCUUCAACGGACUGGGCCUCUUCUGCGCCUGCACGCUGGUCUGGGAGCACCUCAUAACCGUGCAGCUCAGCGAGGGCCCCUCCAUGUACCCGACCUUUAACCCGCGCGGCGACUACCUGCUCAUCUCGCGGCUGCACCGCCACGGCCGCGGUGUCGAGGUCGGCGAUGUCGUGCGCUUCUACCACCCGACCUUCCUGGGGGUUAAUGGCGCCAAGCGCGUGAUCGGGCUGCCGGGUGAUUUCGUGUGUCGCGAUCUGCCGUUCAGUACGUCGGCGGGGGCGACGGGGGAGAUGAUUCGGGUCCCCGAAGGUCAUGUCUAUCUUGAAGGUGAUAAUCUGCCCUGGUCUAGGGAUUCCCGGAACUACGGCCCCAUCCCGAUGGGUCUGAUUAAUGGCAAGAUUGUCGCCAGGGUGUGGCCUCCCUCGAGGAUGAUGUGGGUGGAAAACACACUGAAACCGGCCGAGCUAGAUGCUUGAAUGCAUUUUUUUCUCGGUUUUGAUCUGUUGUACAUUGUAUGUUCGUUGUAUCUCUACAAGCAUGGCGGGAGUCUGGAGUUGGGAAAGGACUGGUGGAUUUGUGCAUAUUCAUACAUAAGCUCUCUUGUACAAUACAAACACCCGAAUGGAAAAAAAAAGUC